GGGUCUCCACUCCAACUUCACUCUCUCUCUCUCUCUCUCUCUCUCUCUACCCCCCCUCUCUCUCUCUCUCUCUCUCUCUCUCUCUCUUGCUCAUUAACUCCCCUCUCUCUCUCCACCAAUUUUCCCUCUCUUUCUCGGAGAUUUUCUCAAGAACCAACCGGGAAAAAAGCAAGAAUCUUUCACUCCAGUGACUCUACAGUCCACACCUUUUCUUUUUCUUGGUGUCAAAGCGUAUUUUCCAUUUCACUUUCCCAAUCUUUUCCCACCACUUUCCUAGAAAUUUCCCACCUUGAAACAAAUUUUCCACAACUAUUUUUUUUUUUCCCACCGGAUUAGGUUUUUCUCCUUUUGGGAGCUUUUUCUUUCCAUUUCUUGCUUUAUUCUCUCUCCAAGUCAAAUCCCAAACGAAUCUCAACUCUUUUUUUUCCAUACCCUCUACUAUUUCAGUCCUCCGAGUUUCCAAGAAACUGCUCGAGCUUUUUAUCGCUUUCGAUGCGAAUUGAGAAAUCUGUUGAGAUAAAUGGAGCAUAAUAACAGCAUGUUGUGUCCGGUCAAGUACAGUGAGCAAAGGAAGCAAACGACUAUAAUGAGGCCGUCGCCGCCGGCGGGAGCCGUCUCCGGCGGACCGAGAGUUGUGCGCAUAUCCGUCACCGACGGCGACGCGACGGACUCGUCUAGUGACGAGGAGGUCGACCUGAUGUUCCGGCGCCGGAGGGUGAAGAAGUUUGUAAACGAGGUCACUAUCGAGCCGUGUUCUCGCGAAGAACACGACUCCUUAGUGAUAGGAAAAAAUCGUCGGAGAAAGCCCGCCGGGGGGAAAUUGAAACCUCCGGCGCCGGCGAGUAGGUUGAAGGUGAGCGCUACGGGGAGGAAGUUUCGCGGCGUGCGGCAGCGUCCGUGGGGAAAAUGGGCGGCCGAGAUCAGAGAUCCGCUUCGACGUGUACGGCUGUGGUUAGGUACAUUCGACACAGCCGAAGAGGCGGCCAUGGUCUACGACAACGCCGCGAUUCAGCUGCGUGGUCCCGACGCGCUCAUCAACUUCGCCACUCCUCCGUCAGCCGCCGCCGCCGCCGCGACUCCGCCUCCGGCGGUGACAACGUGUUCCGGUUACAACUCGAGCGAAGAGUCUAACAACAACCCAUUACUCUCCUCUCCGAAAUCGGUCCUCCGCUUCAACUACUCUCCCGUCGACGAAACUGCGUCGUCGUCGUCGUCGCCGCAUUGCCAAAAACCGAAAACCGACGCCGUUUCCGCAUUCCAAAAAGUCAAAGAGGAGACGUCGGUAUCCGAGAAUUUCUCGGAUUUCCCGGCGACGGAAACGUUGAUUCCCGACGGUUUGUUCGAUUUCCAAGACCCGGUUCCGGAUCUGUCCGGUUUGUUUGAGGAAUCGGGUUUCCGAGAGGACAUUUUCGUGGAAGACUGUGGACAGUUGUUUAUCGGGUCGGGUGAUAUGUGCGGGUACGGUCAGUCAACUUGGCCGGCAGACGAUUACUUGCAGUUCCAAGACAUCGGCGAUUUAUUCGGAUCGGAUUCCCUUGUUGCUCUUUGAUUUCGAUUACAUUUCUCGUUUCUGGCUUUUUCCCCCCCAAUUCCUCGGCCAAUUUUGUAUCGGCGGGAGUGAAGUCAUCGGCUUGGUUCUUUUAUUUUUUUUGUUCUUUUCGCGAGUUUAUUUGGGUUUUAAUUUUAACUAUGUAAGGCAGAGAAGUUGUAAUAUCUAUGAGAUUAUAAAUAAAGCCGUCACAUUAAACGGUGACGGAAGAAGUUUCGGGAGGCUUAAA